AUGAAUUAUCACGGUGGUCACCGCAGAAAGCACUACCGAGGUGGUGACGACUACGACAAUGACCGCCGCAAAGAAAUGUAUGAAACUCCAGAACAAAAACUCAGGAAGAGCAUCAUCAACCUGGGGGAGGUGGACCCUGUACAAGAACUGCCCCGUCUAGCAAAAGAGAUAUAUGAACAAGCGUCCCUUAGUAUCCCCGCGGUUUCGGAGGGCUUUCGAAUAGGUGUUACCGAACAACCAUUUAAGGUUCCCUUUUAUGCGGCUCUUCUCCGUCUUCUGCACGAUCCGCCACCAGAUGCUUCGGAGGAAGCAGCAACAGGCGGUAGCACCACGUUGGGGAAGCAAGUUUUGGAGGAUUACUGGAAAGCCUUCCAAGCAUUUCUGGAUAAAUUGGCGUGGAGGGAGAUACGUCUUUGUAUACAUUUCUUUGCGCAUUUAACAAUGGCAAGACUAGUCUCUCCGCAGUCGAUGUUUGAGCUCUUGAAAUCAUUCACUGCUGUGCUCGAAGAAUUCAGCGCAUCGCAUGGUCGGGCGAUGAAGGCUGCACUCUGCGCUGCGGAGGGACUCAUGAUGGCUGGUCCUAUAUUCAAGCAAGAGAAUGAUACAGAUGCUUCCGAAAUAAUCAAUGCUAUCGCGGCCUACACGGAUUCUGUCGUAGGGUCCAAGGUUCUUGUUCAACCCAUUGCUAGAUUGGACGCGGAAGCACCUGUCAUUGAGCACGCGGAUGAGCUGCUAGACUCUGCUCUUGCCGCACUGAGAAUAUUUAAGACCGACGACUUCUCUCAGACAGCUGACAGCUUCCCACAGCCUUAUCUGGAGCUACCUGAAUACACUGGGUCGCUAUUUGAUCUCCCUUCCGUUCUGGUUCCUCCGGAAGUAAUUGAGUUAGAUGGGCUGACUACAGAUUCUGGCGAGGAUGCACAAAUCAAAAAAGAGGAAUGGCCGCAGUACUACGUCCAGCUCUUCGACAACGACAUUACACCAGACCCCACCACUCCUGUCGGAUAUGCCAUAAGAUCCAGUAUUCUUGAUCUGAUUGAUAUAUUCGAGGUCAACCGCAAGGAAUGUGCACGGUUACUCUUGGAGUUUCCCAAAUGGACUUUACCUGGCACGUUCAAACCAAGGCCUGGUGCUCCGCCUCAGGAGCCUCUGGCCGGCAAGGACUGGCAGCUAGAGAGCACAGUUAUUGAGGUCAUCUUGGGUUCGGUAUUCCUCAUCCCUGAAUCAGCUCACAAGCCAGUUUAUUAUUUCGCUUUAAUCACGGAACUGUGUAAAUUGUCUCCUACCACCGUUGGUCCAGCUGUUGGCAAGUCGAUCCGAAAGCUAUACUCUCUAUUAGCGGACGGUCUCGAUGUUGACCUUUCUCGCCGCUUAGCCGAGUGGUUCGCGGUCCAUAUGAGCAACUUCGGUUUCCAAUGGGUUUGGAAGGAAUGGUUACCUGAUGUUUCAUUGUCCAUUCGACAUCCGAAGCGGAUUUUCAUGCGUAGAGCGAUCGAAUUCGAGAUUCGGCUGUCAUAUUAUGACCGGAUUUUGAAGACUCUACCUGAGCCUAUGCAAGAUCCCAAUGCCUCUUUGAUGCCGGAGGAGGCACCUGGCCCUGAUUACGACUAUGACGAUCCCACCAGGCCGUACCAUGAUGCGGCCCAGUCGGUUUUGAACCUUCUUCGCGGACGCGCCAAGGCUGAGGAUGUUAUUGGACAUCUAGAUUCACUGAAAAACACUAUUUCGGAAACAGCUGAGGGCGACGUACAUGUCGACACUGUACUUCGUUCCGUAGCCAUGCAGUCCCUUUUGCACAUUGGCUCACGAUCAUUCUCACAUUUCCUCAAUGCCAUCGAACGGUACCUUCCCAUGCUCCGUCACUUGACGUCCAGUAGUAUUCCAGGCGGUGUCGGGAUCGCGAUCCCCGAGGCUCGAUAUGACAUCUUGAACGCCGUCUCCGCCUUCUGGAAACGAAGCAGGCACAUGGUUGUCAUUGUCUUCGACAAGCUGAUGCAAUAUCAGAUUGUUGACCCCACCGACGUUGUUUCAUGGGCUUUUAUAUAUGGUGGCUCUUCUGAUGCAUCUAUUGGAAAGGUUUCUUUCGAUGCUUUCCAGUGGGAUGUUUUGAAGGGUGCCCUUGACAAGGCAAAUGGUCGAGUCAUGAUAGCUCGCAGAAAAGUCACAGCCCUUAGGAAGGAGGAAGAUGACAAUGCAGCAAGAGCAAAAGCCAGCGACAGCGCGACCAUGGAGGUUGAUGCUGAGGGGAAGCAAGCAAACGUUAUUCCUGCCGCAGAAUCACCCGCUCUCACGACAGCAUUGAAGGCUUUCACUACACUCACUCGAGAACAAAAGGCGGCGCUGUCCCGUACUCUCGACGGCUUCGUCGGUUAUCUCGUCGCGGAAGACAAACCAAACCCCCAUGCGCGUAAGGUCAUCACAGAGAAUGCAUGGCAUAAUCGUGCCAAUUGGGAUGAGAUUGAAUGGGAGACAUGGGAGACAUGGUGCUGGUUCCGGCAUUUUAGCAGAAUGUACUCCCCGUAUCUUCGAAAUUAUGUCAACACUCUAGCGGAAGCCUCGCUCAGCAAAGUUGGUCCAGCCUCAGAUCCUGCGGUAGGUCUCUUCAAGAAGACCUGGAACAUCGCCACUGGACAGGAAUGA